UUCCUCCUUCUCUUUUCCCUCUUGACGAGUUAUUACAAAGCAUUGUUCUUUGGCGAUUUAGUUUAUAUCUUUCAGAACAAGAACUACGUUGAACCCCUUUCUCAUCGAGAUAGUUGUAAAGCACACAACCAAACCCGAGACAACCAUCGAAAGACUGCCGGACAUAUCCCGAGAUACGCACAGGACCAACCCCAUCGACGUUCAAAUCAGCAAGCGGGGCCAGAGUUGGACGUACGGACUGUGGCACGAAGAGCAGCUCGAAGCACGGGUUUUCAACUGAGAGGGAGAUUGGGGAAGAAGAGGUCCUGAACCUUUCGCCGGACGGGAACACAUUGUCGACUUUCGACACAGACCUCACCUAUACACAGACACAAACUCACAUCACCGCCAAGAUGCUCUUCUCAACACUAUCAGCCCUCGUUCUCGCGGCGACGGCAUCCGCCCACAUCGUCAUCUCCUACCCGGGCUGGCGCGGCAACAACCUCAUCACCAACGAGACCUACCCCUACGGCAUGCAAUGGACAUACCCAUGCGGCGGCCACAGCGUCACGAAGAACCGCACCUACUGGCCCACGACCGGCGGCGCCAUCGCCUUCCAGCCCGGCUGGUUCCAGGGCCACGCGCAGGCCUUCAUGUACGCCAACAUGGGCUUCGGCACCGACGGCCCGGACGGCGGGCCCGCCAACAUGUCUCACCCCAUGGUCCCCGUCUUCCAGAUCCUCGGCCCCAGCAAGAACCCCUACCCGGGCACCGUCUGCCUGCCCCAGGUGCCGCUGCCGGUGAACACCACCGUCAAGGCCGGCGACCACGCCACCAUCCAGAUCGUCGAGCUCGCCAUGCACGGCGCCGCGCUGUUCUCGUGCGUCGACAUCGAGUUCGCCGAGCCCGGCGACCCCAAGAUCGCAAAGGUCAACGAGACUAACUGCUUCAACUCGACCGACAUUGGCUUCGCGGACGUCUUCACCAUCACGACAAGAGAGUCGGGCCAGGGCUACGUCGCGGCGACGUCUGGCGCCGCGGGGCUGCGAUCCGCGCUGGGGACGGCCGGCUGGGUCCCGCUCGUCGUCGGGGCGCUCUGGGCGGCGCUGUAGUCGCCUUCCCACCCCCGUUUUACUCUCUCCCACGACAGGGCGAGAUCGGGUUAAGGGUGUCUUAUUGAACGAAGCGACGUUGGGAGGUGAUUUGUGGGCGGAUUGAAAUUAUACUAUACUAUACCUCUUGGGGAUGACAUAUCUUGUACAUCUCGGGCAUAAAAGAUGGCGUUUUUUUCUGUUGUUUGAUUCCUGUACUGGAGGGGGGCGGGAGCAAACUUCUUCUUGAGACGAGCGUUCGCAGCUGACGUCGAAGUCGUCGCAUUAUUUCCCUCUUAUUUUAUUCUUUACAAUUUUAUCAAACAUGUCCUCGACCCGGAUCUUCUAUCCGGGUCCGAGAGGGAAAGGGAGGGGGAGUCCUUUUGUAUCCCCUCUCUCAAUGAUGGGUUCAAGGACCCAGCGACGGUACUCGCUCAUCGCGAGUCGAAUCCAAUCUACAUUCAAAGUUCAAAAUCUAGGGAAGUCAACC